AUGACGACGAGUGCAGCCGCGCUACAGUCGCUGUGGGACAGUGUGAGCACAGAAGAUGCACACCGUCAUGCAGAGACGUUGACAGAGUACAUAAACACGAAUGGGCUGCGUACGCUGCUUUCUGAGUGCAUCCUGGAUGAGCUGCUGGACAAGCUCAAGGACAAGAAGCAAGCCCAUCUACGUGAACGCGCGGCGAUCGGCCUGGGUGCCGUAGCCUCCAAGGUGGCAGGUAAAAACGCGCCUAUGCCACUGGGUGCAGAGCCAUGGCUCGUCAACGCCAUUCCCCCGCUGCUUGAUGGAUACGGAGAUAAGAAUGAGGCAGCGAAGAAGGCGGCUGAAGGAGCCAUGGGGGCUCUUGUGCCCCUGUUUCCACCAGAAGCCGCUGCUGAACUGCUCGAAAUGCUGUACAGCGUCAUUACCUCUGGAACGGCCAAGUGGCAGGCCAAAGUGGGCGCCCUCAAGAUUAUUAGCCGCCUCGCUGACCUUGCGUACGAGCAGGUCGGUGAUGAGCUCACGCAAAUCACGCCUGUCUUGACGCAGGGCAUGCACGAAACCAAGGCUGAGGUAUCAAAGCAGGCCAUCAAGACGGCUACGAAAGUGUGUGGUGUCAUUGACAACAACGAUAUCCGUCCAUUCAUCCCCGAUCUUGUCGGAUGUAUGGACCGUCCGGAUACUGUGCCCGACUGCAUCAAGAAGCUGUCAUCUAUUACAUUCGUGGCCGAGGUGACAGGACCCGCACUUGCAGUGAUGGUGCCCCUGCUGAGCCGCGCCUUGAACGAGCGCAGUCAGACUGUCCAGCGCCAGUCGGUGAUCAUCGUCGACAAUCUGUGCAAGCUGGUUCGCGACCCGCAUACUGCUGCAAUGUACCUUCCAUCGCUGCUCCCGUCUGUCGAACGUAUUGAGCAAGGCGCUAGCUUCCCCGAGGUGCGUGAACAUGCCAAGAGCGCCGUGCAAACGCUUCGCGCCGCAUUCGCAGAGGCAGACAAGUCUAAAGACGAUCCUCACAGCACCGACCCCGUGGCCGCUCAGGCGGCGGACCGUGAACAUGCACUGCAAUGCCUCGCGAAAGCCGUGCAGCCGCACGUUCCUGCGGGUAUUGUAUUCUCGGCUCUGGGUGACUCGUACACGCGCACAGGCCUUGAAUACGUGGCACGUUUGCUCGUCCGCCUCGCUGACAAGCGCGUGGUGCAAGCGGAGCCCUGGAACGACGUGUAUGUCCUGCCAUACUUGCGCCGUGUGUGUGAGACGCCCGAGGGCGCGCAGCAGGCGACGGACGCGAUCCGCGCCGAGUUUGAGCAGCGUGACCUGGAUCGGUUUGGCAAGCCGGAAGACGACGGCAGUGAGCUGGAUGGAGAGAAGCUGUGUGACACUGUCUUUAGUCUCGCAUACGGUGGUCUGCUGCUGCUGAACCACACCCGCUUGCGCUUGUACCGUGGCCAUAGGUACGGUAUCGUGGCUGCGAAUGGCAGUGGCAAGUCGACACUGCUCAAGGCCAUGCGCGACGGCAAAGUUGAGGGAUAUCCUGAGCAGGACAAGGUCCGCACGGUCAUGGUCGAGCAUUCACUGCAGGGCGAGGAUGGCUCCAAGCCGAUCCUUGACUUUGUGCUGGGCGACCCCAAGCUGAGCCAUAAGAGCAAGGAAGAUGUGGCUGAGGCUCUUCGCUCGGUCGGCUUUGAUGACGAGAAGCAGCAAACGCCUGUGGGUAGUCUGAGUGGUGGUUGGAAGAUGAAGCUGGAGCUCGCUCGAGCCAUGCUGAUUGGUGCUGACAUUCUGCUGCUGGACGAGCCGACGAAUCACUUGGACGUGCAGUCGGUCAAGUGGCUCGAGAACUAUCUUGUAUCCAACACGAAUGUGACCGUGCUGAUUGUGUCCCAUGAUUCCAGCUUCCUUGACAAUGUAUGCACAGAAAUCAUCCACUAUGAACACAAGAAGCUCAAGUACUACCACGGCAACUUGUCUGCGUUUGUCAAGACGCGCCCGGAGGCGAAGAGCUACUACUCGCUCGCGGCCACGACGGUCAAGUUUACGUUCCCACCGCCUGGCUCGUUGAUGGGUGUGCGCUCUAACACUCGUACCAUUCUCAAGGCGUCGCAUGUGUCGGUGCACUAUCCCAGCAUGCCGCGCCCGUCACUUGUGGACGCAUCUGUGUCUGUGAGUCUGUCAAGCCGUGUGGGUGUCAUUGGCCCGAACGGUGCGGGUAAGAGUACCCUGAUCAAGGUGCUGACUGGCGAAAUUGUGCCGAACGAGGGCAAAGUCGAAAAGCACCCGAACCUGCGCGUCGCCAUGAUGGCCCAGCAUGCCUUCCAUCACCUUGAGCAGCACCUGGAGAAGACUGCAUGCCAGUACAUCCGCUGGCGUUACCAAGAUGGCCAUGAUCGUGAAAUCACCGAAAAGGCGACCCGUAAGAUGAGUGCCGAGGAGACCGACCAGAUGAAGGUGCCGAUCGUGUCGCAAACAGGUGAGAAGCGCGUGAUUGAGUAUAUCGUCGGUCGCAGCAAGCUGAAGAAGAGCUACCAGUACGAAAUCAAGUGGGUCGGCUUAGAGCACCGCUACAACACAUGGAUUCCCAGGGAGCGUCUGCUCGAGUUGGGCUUCUCGAAGCUUGUGCAAAAGUUUGAUGACUUUGACGCGUCGCGUGAAGGCGCGGGUAGUCGUGAUCUGAGCCAGAAAGCGAUCCGCUCGGAGCUGGAGGCUGUCGGUCUGAAUGGGGAGAUCGCCGAGAACAAUGCCAUGGGCGGCUACAGUGGUGGACAAAAGGUAAAGGUUGUCCUGGCUGCUGCUUUGUGGAACAAUCCUCAGGUGCUCGUGCUCGAUGAGCCCACGAACUAUCUGGAUCGCGAGGCCCUGGGCGGAUUGGCCGUGGCUAUCCGUGAGUGGGCCGGUGCGGUCAUUAUCAUUUCGCACAACCAAGAAUUCAUCAGCGCGCUGUGCCCUGAGAUUUGGAACGUGGAGAACGGCCGGAUUGUAUCGAAGCAACGCACUGACAUUGCGAGCGAAAACUUUGCCGAUGCAUCACAGACCAGCACGCCUGCGGGCACGGAGCCCAACAGCGCUGCUCCCAGUGCGCCUGGCAGUGCCGCUCCCAGCGCACCUCAGAGCGGAGAUGAGAAUGACGAGGAAGACAUGUCGAAGCUCAAGGCGAAGAAGGGCAAGAAAAAGCUCACUCGUAACGAGAAAAAGGCGCAAGAAGAGCGCCGCCGCUUGCGCCUGAGCCGCUGGCUCAUGUACGGCGGCGAGCGUGAGCCAGACACGGACGAUGAGUAG